AUGUUUAGAAAGUAUGAAUCGGGUAGUGCUAAAAGACAGAAAAAACGAAAGAAUGAAGAGUUAAUUAAUAAACAACGCGGCUCCAUUAAUAGAUUUAUUUCAUUGAGGAGAGAUAAUUCAGAUGAAGAUAAGUCGCUUAAAAGUGAUAAUAAUGAUGAAGAAAAUAACUUAAAAAGUAACAUAGAAGGCGAGUCGUCCAAAAAUGAAAAAGAUAAUUUUGACGAAGAUAAGUCGCUUAAAAGUGAUAAUAAUAAUGAAGAAAAUAACUUAAAAAGUGACAAACAAGGCGAGUCGUCGAAAAAUGAAAACGAUAAUUCAGAUCUAGAUGAAGAUAAGUUGUUUAAAAGUGAUUAUAAUACUGAAAAAAAUAACUUAAAAAGUGACGAAGAAGGUCAGUUGACUAUUUACAUUUUGGAUGAGUGGAAAGAUCCAGGAAAUUGGCCAAAUAAUAUAAGACAAGAAGUUAAAUACAAAAUUGUUAAGUUAGGACCAAUACAUUUAAAGAAUUUCGACUUUCCAACUACAAUUAAAAGCGAUGGAUCUCAGAGAAAAUUUUCUCCAAAAUUAUUUUACCGAAUAUUAGCAAAUAAUGAAAAAGUAGAUCGUGUCUGGCUUGUAUACUCUCCAAUCAAAGAUUGCGUAUUCUGUUUUUGCUGUAAAAUUUUUAUAAAUGAAAAAUGUCACAGUGAUUUGGCAACAGUAGGUAUAAGUGACUGGAGACAUGUGUCAGACAAGUUAAUAUCUCAUGAAAGAUCGCAAUACCACGUUCAGUCUGUCAAGUCUUGGUUUGAAUUAAAAACUAGAAUAGAAAUGGAUGAAACAAUCGAUAAAAAACAUCAAGCGUUGAUCGAAAAAGAACAAAAUCAUUGGAGAAAUGUACUUAUUCGAAUUUUAUCAAUAAUUCAAUUUUUAGCUUCAAAUAAUGAUUCUUUUAGAGGUUCUUCGGACGUUCUGUAUACUAAAAGUAAUGGAAAAUUUCUCGGUAUGAUAGAAAUGUUGGCCAAGUUCGAUCCUGUUAUACUGGAACAUGUAAAUCGAAUUAAAAAUAGAGAAACCCAUGUUCAUUAUUUAGGGCAUGAAAUACAAGAUGAACUCAUAAAAAUGAUGGCAGCUGAAGUAAAGAAAAAAAUAAUCGCUUCAAUAAAGACAGCUAAAUAUUUUUCAAUCAUAAUGGAUACAACUCCAGAUAUUAGUCACAACGAACAACUUACAAUUCUUAUUAGGAUUGUAAAUAUGGAUGAAAAAAUACGAAAAGCGUUCCAGUGA